CUCGGAUGUUGGUUCUCCUGUCUUUUAUCCUCCGUCCAAGCCUCAGAUUCACAUCCCACCCGCAUUGCCAGACAGUGCAACCGGAUCCGUGACAUCCGAAGAUCUCUGGUGAUACAGUCCGCCAGGCACAACGCGUGGAUUACUCUAGCGUCCAGCCCCCACGGCUUAGGCGGGAUCAUCCAAGCGCCUCCCUGUUUGGUCCGGUGGAUUCCCGGGGCUUUUCAUUUCCACGACGGGUCCCUCCUUUUUCGCUACUUGCGCUGCUGUCUUAAUAUUUCUUACUUAUUUCAUAUUUCUUCUCUCCCGCCCAUUCGUCUCUCGCUCUGUCAUUGCCUGUGAUUCUUCAGGUCUUUAUCUGCCAGCGUCCAUCGCCGGGUUACUCUGAGCCCUGAACCUGGACCUUGGCGUACCCCUUGCCGGUCCCGAGAACCUCCUCCUGGACGGACACCAUUGAUCAACAAUCCAUUCAUCAUGGCUCAAGUCAACGGGAGCUUUGCCUCCCCGUCCGCGGAUGCGACCAUCACGGCGCAGCUGGCUGAUCCGUCGACUCUGUUGAAGACCAUCUACAAUGGCUUCACGGGCUGGACGGCUAUCCUGGCCUUGAUUAUCGCCGCUGUCGCAUAUGAUCAGAUCAAGUACAUCUGGCUCAAGGGUUCCAUCGUUGGACCGGCCAUGAAGAUCCCCUUUAUGGGCCCAUUCCUUCAGUCUGUCUGUCCCAAGUUCCAUGAGUACAAGGCGAAAUGGGACAGCGGAGAGCUCAGCUGUGUUUCCGUCUUCCACAAAUUCGUCGUUAUCGCUUCGACUCGCGACAUGUCCCGGAAGGUCUUCAAUUCGCCCACCUAUGCGAAACCCUGCGUGGUGGAUGCCGCGCACAAACUCCUAGGCGAGACCAACUGGGUCUUCCUGGAUGGAAAGGCCCACGUUGAGUACCGCAAGGGACUGAACGGUCUGUUCACUCGCCAGGCUAUCUCUCUGUACCUCCCAGCAAUGGAGCAGGUCUAUGACAGCUAUUUCAAGUCGUUCAUCGAGAAGUCCAAGGGGAACAACUACGAGCCCAUCCCUUGGAUGGCUGACUUCCGUGAACUCAUGUGCGCGCUUUCCUGCCGCACCUUUGUUGGCUACUACAUGAGCGACGAGGCGAUCAAGAAGAUCGCGGACGACUACUACCUCAUCACUGCCGCCCUCGAGUUGGUCAACUUCCCCAUCAUCCUGCCGUACACUAAGACCUGGUACGGCAAGAAGGCCGCUGAUAUGGUCAUGGACGAAUUCGCCAAGUGUGCGGCUAAGAGCAAGGUUCGCAUGGCCAGUGGUGGUGAUAUCACGUGCAUUAUGGACGCCUGGAUCAAGGCCCAGCAGGACUCUGCCAAGUAUCGUGAGAAGGUCGAGAAGGGUAUCGCCGUCGAUGACUCUGAGAAGCCGCCCAUGGUUCUGCGUGACUUCAGCGACUAUGAGAUUGCUCAGACUAUCUUCACUUUCCUGUUUGCGUCUCAGGAUGCGACCAGCGCCGCUAGCACCUGGCUCUUCCAAGUUAUGGCUGACCGCCCUGAGGUCCUUGACAAGGUCCGCGAGGAGAACCUCCGCGCCCGCGGUGGCGACCGUAACGUCAAGCUUUCUAUGGAUCUCAUGGACAACUUGCCAUACACCCGUGCUGUUGUGAAGGAGAUUCUUCGCUACCGCCCUCCUGUCAUCAUGGUUCCCUACAUGGUCAAGAAGGACUUCCCCAUCACCGAGAACUACACCAUCCCCAAGGGUUCGAUGAUUGUUCCUUCUGUGUGGCCUGCAACCCAUGACCCAGAAGCCUACCCGGAGCCUGACACCUUCAACCCUGACCGUUGGAUCACCGGUGACGCCGAGAAGCAGACCAAGAACUGGCUCGUGUUCGGUACUGGUCCCCACUACUGCUUGGGUCAACAGUAUGCUCAGCUCAACCUUAUGGCUAUGAUCGGCAAGGCCAGUAUGCACAUGGACUGGGUGCACCACCCCACUCCGCAGUCGGAGGAAAUCAAAGUGUUCGCCACUAUCUUCCCGCAGGAUGAUUGCCCUCUUGUCUUCCGUCCUCGCGAGUAAGUAGUUAAUGCCGGUUACGAAAUGAAACGCUGGGCAGGUCGCUUAGUGCAACGACACUUGGCAUGACUGUGAUUGCAACUUAAACCGAAAAUCAUGGGUAGAGAAUGGAGCAGAUGGGCCACUAGAGACAUGUGCUAGCCGUCUGUCUGCUCUGCUCAUCUGUCCCGGAGAUAGAAUUGCAACGAUUUGCUUUUCUUCAAACAGCCCACGGGCUAUUCCACGCCCACCCAGCGCAAGUCUGGAUAGCGUGCGUUUCUUCUUUAUCCAUUGACACUCCGAGAUACCCUCCGCUGAACGCAAUGACGAUCGGGAGGGCUCCGAAGCUCGAAGACCGUCAGCGAAAAUGGAUAUCACAGCAGCACGCGUCGGACGCCGAAUGCUGCUGCUGUUGAUUUAGGGUUAUGGACUUACGGGCGGAGUAGAACAUGUAUAUGACAUAGACGUAAUUAUAAUAACAGUUCCACCUUUUUUUUUUUUUUUUCUUCUGGUCAUUU